AUGGCUUCCUUUCUUCAAAAGCUUGUUAGAAAAAAGCAAUCCAGUACAAGCCUGAUUACCAAUCUAAACAGACGAAUUCUCUCCCCGUCGUCCCAUUUACUCGAUCCCAAACCGGGACCAACCGUCGCUCCGAUCCCCUUCUUCAAUGGCCUACCCAAAACUACUGAUGAAUCAAAUCUUAAUCCUCCUCAUCUUUCAGCUUUCUACCCGACUUUUGCGUUUGAGAGUUUUUUGAAUCCAAUUUCUCAACUUGGGUUUAUUCAACAUGUUGUACCUGAAGAAGACAUUGUUUCGGGCGAUGAUGAACGAGGGAUUUGGGCUGAUAGUGUGAAGAAGAAGAGAAAGAAGAAGAUGAACAAGCACAAAUUGAAGAAGCUGAGGAAGCGUCUGCGGAGGAAAACAUAG